AUGGCUCACUUAAGACGACUACACUUCCAGAAUAGAAAGUGUUGUUCCACUAUAUCUGCCGCCAGUUUACCUGAUUUUAGUGAUUCAUAUUUGGAAGAGAUUAAGAUUUUUAUGCGAAACUUGAAUCAGAGAAAGAUUCGCAAAAUCACUGAAAUCGAUGAAACACAUGAAACGAAUGGCAGUUCGGAAGCAAUGGCUUCAACCUGUGCUCCCAAUCCCUGUACAACAACACAACCCGAGAGUGUGUCGGGAAUGGCCGGUAAUGCAGUCAUAUUUUCACUGAAGAAUCAGGUGGGAGGGCUGGUUCGGGCACUCCGUGAAUUGGAUGUAAAUGUCAAACACAUUGAGUCCCGGCGUUCAAAGAGAAGAGAUUCUGAGUUUGAGAUAUUUGUUGACAUCGAUUGCGAUGAUAAAGAAAAGAUGACACAAUUAGUUCAUCAUUUGAGACAUGAGGUGGACGGCUGUACUUCCGAAGAAUUUGAGCGCUCGUCUCCUAAGAGCAAAGAGAGACACUUAUCUGUGCUAAUGGCACAGCCCUCCAUUGAUACAGAACUGUUUGGAGAGAAUGGGAUGCCAUGGUUUCCCAGAAGAAUAUCAGAUUUGGACUACACUUCCAAUAGAGUACUAAUGUAUGGCUCAGAACUUGACGCCGACCAUCCGGGAUUCAAAGAUCCUAUUUAUAGGAAGAGAAGGGAAUAUUUUAUAGAUUUGGCCACUAAUUAUAAACAGUAUAUAGAGACCUGGGGUAUCAUAUAUAGGAAACUAACCAAGCUAUACACUAAGCACGCGUGCAAAGAGUUUAACGACAACUUUGUACUACUCGUCAAACAUUGCGGUUAUAGGGAAGACAAUCUGCCACAACUCGAAGACGUCUCACUCUUCCUUAAAAACAGAACAGGGUUUCAAUUGCGUCCAGUGGCCGGUUACCUCUCUUCACGUGACUUUUUGGCUGGACUUGCAUUUCGUGUAUUUCAUUGCACGCAAUAUAUCCGCCACUCCAGCGACCCUUUCUAUACUCCCGAACCCGACUGUUGUCAUGAAUUGUUAGGUCAUUGCGCUCUGAUGGCUGACCCACAUUUCGCACAGUUCUCCCAGGAAAUAGGUCUGGCCUCCCUGGGCGCCAAUGACGAGGAGGUGGACAAGUUGGCCACCUGUUACUUCUUCUCAGUCGAGUUCGGACUUUGCAAACAAAACAAUGAAAUGAAGAUAUAUGGCGCCGGACUCCUGUCCAGUGCUGCUGAGCUCCAGCACGCCAUCUCACCAGCGGCUCAUGUGUUGGCUUUUGAUCCGUUGAUUACUUGUCAACAGAUUCCGAUGAUUACUACUUUCCAAACCCACUAUUUCUUUACCGAUAGCUUCGAUGAGGCGAAGGAACAGAUGAGAGAAUUUGCGGCAACUAUUAAGAGACCGUUUGGUGUCCGAUAUAAUCCCUACACCCAAAGCGUCGAGAUAUUGAGUAAUACAAAGAAGAUCAUGGAUUUGGUGAGUGAACUGAAGGGCGACUUAUGUAUUGUCUCUAAUGCUCUUCAAAAGAUUAAAAUCCAAAACACGGAAAAGGCAUAA